AUGAAGAUCCUCCACCUGGUCUUUGCCCUAGCUGGCAGCACUGUCGCCCUCCCGAAAUGUGAAAGCUGGACGGAAGAUGGCUUCAAACAUCCGGGCAUAUACCAUAAUUGCACAUCUCUUGACCGCAUCCAGACCAAUUAUAACGGUGACAGCUCUGCAUACGCUGACGCGCUCACGAGUAGCCAGUCUCGUCUAUCUGCUCUCCAAGAGAGCGAUACCUGGGAAAUGUCAGGACCCUACGAAUCCGUAAACUGGGCUGGUGGAGAUGGUCACAAUAUUCCUCUUCAGACUGAUGGCAAAUCCGCGUAUGCUCUGACGCUUGGCUGGUACGCCACUGGCAAUAGCUUGUGGCUGUCGCGUGCCAAGGAGAUCGUCCUAGCAUGGGGAUCAACACUGAAGGAUUUGAACGAGCAAAUCCAAGGAGGCGAAGGGAUUGGUUACAUGACCGCAGCAGCUGAAAUCCUCCGCGCUACUGCUAGUGACUCGGGGUGGAGUUCUGAAAACACGACCACAUGGUUGACAAUGAUCGAUACUGUUACAUCCACUUGGAAUUCGUCUUAUGGUAUCGCUCGAAAUGAUUUCUUCAUGAACCAGGGCUGUUACGGGAAUAAUGGUGCAAUGAGCCUGGCUGUUUUUAGUAACAACCGCACUCUAUAUGACGAGAUGGUUCGCCAAGCCACUAUUGGAGAAAAUCCUGACUCUUCUAUCGACUAUGCCAUUCCUCUUCAGAUGGGCCGCGACCAAGCUCAUCCAAUGGGUACACUUCGCGGUCUUGCCUUUAUGGGAACUACGGCCAAAAUUCAAGGAGGUUCUGACUUCUAUAAUCAAAACUCAUCGCGUCUCCUGGCUGGAUACGAGUACUGGGCUCGAUAUAACGGUGGGGAUGACACGGUUCCCUGGGAACCUAAGGAAAUCCGUCCUGGAAGCGGCGAAAUAUAUGACAAGUUGGUAAAUACAUCCCGCGGAAGAAACUACGCUGAAUCCGCACAGCCUCUUGAGGCUAUCGGUGUUGCAUACCACGAGUAUUACCGGAGUAACCGCAUUGACGAUAUGCCCUACUAUUCUAGCUAUAUGAAGUGGCAGGGUAUUGGUUGGGACACUUUUGAAUGGGGUGAUGAUGGAAGCGUUGGCUAUCUUGACCUUUUGUGA